GGGUCUGCCCCGGAAAUGGCUGAUCUCGUUUCUGGCUUGCUCCUCAGGGUCUCCACAGAGCUGCGCUACCGCAAACAGCCAUGGGGGUUGGUGAAAACUUUCAUCGAGAAGAAUUUCUGGAGUGGGCUGGAGGACUACUUCCGCCACCUAGAGAGCGAGCUGACCAAAACGGAGAGCACCUACCUGGCUGAGAUCCACAGACAGUCUCCCAAAGAGAAGACCAGCAAGGCCCCGACGGUACGGAGGAGGAAACGUCCCCAUGCCCACCUGCGGGUGCCUCACCUGGAAGAGGUGAUGAGCCCCGUCACCACACCCACCGAUGAAGAUGUGGGCCACAGGAUCAAACACGUGGCAGGGUCCACGCAGACGCGGCAUAUCCCCGAGGACAGCCCUAACAGUUUCCACCUGCAGAGUGUGUCCAAGCUGCUGCUGGUUAUCAGCUGUGUGAUCUGUUUCAGUCUGGUGCUGCUGGUCAUCCUUAACAUGAUGCUCUUCUACAAACUCUGGAUGUUGGAAUACACCACCCAGACCCUCACUGCCUGGCAGGGUCUGAGGCUCCAAGAAAGGUUACCCCAGUCUCAGACAGAAUGGGCCCAGCUCUUGGAGUCCCAACAAAAGUACCACGAUACAGAGCUCCAAAAAUGGAGGGAGAUCAUCAAAUCCUCAGUGAUGCUUCUUGACCAGAUGAAGGACUCUCUCAUCAACCUUCAGAAUGGCAUCAGGUCCCGCGACUACACUUCAGAAAGUGAAGAGAAGAGGAGUCGUUAUCACUGACAAGGCUGUGGGACAAUCAUCCCAUCCACCACUUGACAUCCUUGACCCUCAUCCCCCAACCUCCAGCAGGCUGGCCCCACUCCCUCCACCUCUAUGUUUUCUUCCAGAAGAUGCGUUUUGGGUCCGAGUGGAGCGUUUUUCUGGAAGGCCGUCUCUUUAACGCCCCUGCUUCCCUGAUGUGGAGCAGGAAUUUGCACAAGGUGUAGAGAGCGCCCCUUCCCACCUCUCUGCCCAGCCUCGUUACCUCACUCGUGCUCCAGCCAUGGCUGUGACGGGCCCAGCCAGCUCCCUGUCUUGGUGUUCUGUGCGACAGCUCAGGGGUCUUGGGCAUUGUUUUCUGUUGUGACUUGAGGUCCUCAGCAGGCCUGGGAGCCUGGAUUGGAGCCUUGGCUGCUGGCGAGAAGCACCUUGCCUGCCAAGAGGAGCCGAUGCCAGACGAUCUGCCCGACAUGUGAAAGCAUAAAGAAUACCGUCAUCUCUGCCCCCUUGGCCUCCUUGCUUCUCUCAACACAGUGAGAUGCUGCAGAAGCAAAAUGGUGGCCUCUGCCCUGCGAGAGACAGCUGGCUCUGUCUGGGGAGUUGGCCCUGGGCUCGGAUGCCACGUGCUGAGAUUGCGUAGCAAAAGCAGCCGUUUUUGCCAACGGUAGUGUGGCUCCCCACAUUUCCCUGUCCUGCACUCUAGGGCCAGACCACUCUCUGCAUGGACCAGAUCAUCUUCCCAAACCCAUGGUGCUUCCCCCCGCCGCCCCCACACUCAACCUAGACUCCAAGAUGGGGAGAGAUGGGUCAGAGGCCCCAGUGCCCCCUGGAUGAUCCUGACAAGGGGUGGAGUGGGGUCGGGCAGAGGGAGCAGUCCCCAACACCUGCACUGGGCCAUAUAUGGGAAAGAACACAGGUUGAUUGCAGUCGAGUUGUCUGGCCAUCUGUAUUUGGAUCUAGAACUGUACUUUGCCUGGCGCUGUGCGCAAGGUCUGAAAACUUAACUGCUAUUACCUAGAACCGUACACAGCUUCCCAGCCAAAUCUUAAUGUAAAGUAGCUAGAGCCAUGGAAGUACAGUAUGAAUUAAACGAAAAAAGUAUUGAACUACAAAUAAUAAAUGGUGUG